AUGUCUUAUAUUCACAACGCAGUUGCUAAAAAUGUUCUUUUCAUAUUCUUCAUGAAUUGGUGGGUACUACCUACAUGUAGGCAGUUGCUGGACUUCUCACCAGGUCCACUUGAUUCAUGUUUCGCAUUGCUACCCUCUGUUAUGACUCAACAGGCCCUGCUGCCGCAACUACCUGUGACUCGACUAUGGCAACUUUCUGCUAAUUCACCAACUAAAACCGUUACCAGCAUUACUUCUCAGGGCCAGAUAAGGACCUGUGCUUGUUGGUUUUCGGUUGAAUUUUUGCGCAAAUCAGACCUGAAAUACCUCGUUGAAUACCUGUCUGUUAUUCACCAGAAACAUGAGAGUCUUCUGCAGUACGAUUUGGCUUGUAACAGCUCACAGGGUUCAGACAUGACUAGACCAGCACGUGAAUAA